AUGUCUGUUCCUGUCGAAACAUGUACACAAGUAUUGUCCAAAUGCAAGCACUCUGCCAGACGGGCGAUCAUUCGUCUUUCUUUCUUCGUAUGUGUUUCUUCGUAUGUGUUAUCCGACGCAGAUGAUGAACAGUUGUUUGGUGAAUCGUCUGAUGAAUACGUACCAAGUAGUGAUGACGAAUCCGACGAUUCCACAGAACUACCGCCCGCACGCAAACGCGCCAAAGUUGUUGAUACAAAAAAAGUUCAAUCAAUUUUGCCAAAACCAAGCACCCCCAAAUGUAGUUUGAAAGGAUUAGAUGCGAUCACACACAUCUUGCUAGCUAACAUUAAACGGGGAGUCAUUCCUACUCAAUUCUUGUCGAGAAUACAGCAAGGGAUUUACGAGGAUUUAGGUAAGAACGUUAGCUUCAGGGAAGAAGCCAUAAAAUUGUGUUACCAGAAAUAUGGAGGAGAAAUAAGCAGCAGGAACAUAGCUGAGGUAUUUCGUAGAUGGUUGAGGCAAAUUCUCCCGGAAGCCCUCAGAUUACAUCUAACAGUAAUGCAAGCAGCUGGGUCAGGACUCACUGUCUACUCCACCAUUAUUGAGGCUAUCAAAUCUUACCCUGACUUCGAUUGGGCUAAGAUCUCAAAGAUCCUGGAGGACGACUGGAACAAGUUUAGAGCUGCUGCAAUGCUUAUAAACAAUGAUCCUUGGGUGGCAAAAGAAUUAAAGACUCAAAUAUCUGGUGACACUGCUAUAGCAAAAUACGCGGGAUGGCCGGCAAGAAUUCCCCAUCAAGUGAUGAUAUCUCAGAUGAUUCUUGAUUACGCGAGUCAAAGAGGAGAGGCUGUUACUGAUGAGAUGAUCCGUGAUCGGGAAAGACAACCUCGUUACAGAAAUUUGAUGAGAUUAGUAGUUGACAUGAACAUUCUAACUGUCGAAAAUGCACUAGAAGAGAGUGAUGUUGAGGAAGAUGAGGAUGGCGACGAAGAAGAAGAAGAUGCAUUGGCUGAUGUUGAAGACCAGGAGAACCAGGCUAAUGAUGAUGGCGAAAAUCGUAGAGGCAACGUCGAGGAAAACGCACCACAAUAA